UUUCGCUAAUAGCUAAAACUAAGCAUUUUAUUUCGCAAGUUUUGUGUUUGAGCAGUGUUGUACCUUAAGCAAAUUUAUUAAGCAAAUCCAUCCAUGACUUUAAAAGACGCCCAGGUAAUUAACACGAAAUGAAGUUCAGCCAAUCACAAUUCUUUAGUUGAACAAACAGUAAUAACUAUCCUAUGACAAGUAAAGAACUUAAAAGGCGCAUAGUGCCGUAAGCAAUCUCUUUUGACAAAUACUCUUCUCUUAGACAGCUUUAAACCUAUGUGCUUACAAAAGGAGAAAACAUCUGCGUGGGACAACGCGUGUUUCAAAGAUUUGAAUUCAUUUAUCGUUGGGUUGUUAGUCUGACAAGCGCGUUCUGUUUUCGCCGCCUACUGGAUCGGUGUUACCGAGCGAUGGAAGACCACGUUUCUAGGAAAGUCAGCGUUUCUGUCCGAAACGCGUUGAGCGUUAACUCGCAAAAAAGCCAUCAGCUUGAGAGACAAGUGAAAAACUUGGAAGCUGAAAGAGAUAUGCGGCUUUUAAAUUUGCAAAUUAAGAGAGACGAAGUAUUUUUUACGUCUCCAUCCACGCGGCGUAAAGUUCUCGUGAAGUCGCCGAGCGUAUCUGAGGGUCUUAGGACAAGCACACCAACCUCGCAACAUGAAAUGCUCGAUUUAAAAACAGGCUCGCGCAAAGACGAGGAGGUCAAUAAGCUGCAGAAAGCCCAUAACCUUCCGCCACUAAUGCAUUUAGAUAGAGCCGGUGUCAUCGCAACACCACCGAGGGUUCGAAAAGCCAGGAAUAUUCCUCCAGCCACGUCGCCGAAUGCCGCACCCCCACCGCUAUCGCCUCUCGAGUCAUCACAGCCAAGUCACAAGCUUUUAACAAGGCAAUCGAGCUCGCCACAGAUGCUAUCAAAUCCUAAUUCAAUUGCUAAUGCGAACGACUUGCGGCGUGAAGGAAAUACAGAAAGUAAGCAUCUGUUAUCACCGCGGUUACUAAGGUCAAACCCGGAAUCACCUCCCCCAUUGCAUUCUUCCACGAGUCCAGGAGUGUUCAAAUUUAACCUGGCACAGAAUCAAGCUCAACUGCCGAGAAGACCUGCCACUGCUUCCUCCGGAGAUAGCGGAGGAAGCGAAGUUCAUAGAGGGCUUUUGUUACUUCCAGUAACGUCAUCUAAAGAGCAAACAAAGCAAAAGGAAGCGAAAAAGAUCAACGUUUUUAAUCGGCUUUAUUCCGGUUCAAAGAAAGGAAAGCGAACGCAUCACCUCAGCGACGAUUUAGCCCCUCGAGAAAUUCCGUUCCCGAAAGGAAACCCAAAGCUGGACCUAGCGACACGACGACGAUCGCUUUCGCUUUCGGAUUUGUCCGAAAUCUGCGACAAAUUAAAAACGUGUCGCUACUUAAGAGAUAAAAGCCAACUUUCUUAACUCAAGCUAUGGAGUGUUCAAUCAAUUCAAUUUAAUUUUCAGUGUUUUCACCGUUCGAGUACAUAACAUAAUCCUGUAUUUUCAAUCUAAAAUACUCCACUGUAUUUUGAAACAAAGCAAAUCAAUUUAGCCAUAUUGUUUGAGUUUAUUUGUUCUAAUCUAAAUCGUUUUUAGCGCAGCACAGAUUAAAACCAAAAGUAAACAGUAUUUAAAUUAAGUUUUACUUUACAGCUUCAUUAGUACUUUGUAUUAACGUUAUUUCGUGCGAAAAAAUCGAACGCGCUUAAAUGCUACCUGCCAAGCUUUGUUUUUUUUAAAUUAAAUCUUCAAGUACCUCACUCUUAACUUAUUGUCUUUCGAUUAACAAACUCGUAUUGCGUGGCAUAGAAGUAUAAUUAAGAGCAAGACUAAUAACGUACUAGACAAUAAAACAUGCAAUUCGCGGUAAUGAAUAUAUUAUAUUGUUUACUUCGAGGAGGUCAGUAACAGAGAUAUUGUUGCUUUUAAUAUAAACUCAAUGUCUUUAGUAUAAACUCAUUGCUUUAAGUACAAACUCAUUAUGUUGUAUUUGGUCCUCGCUAUGGGUGGCUAUUCGUUGUAAACUCCUUAUCUACCAACCUAAAUUGUUAUUUUAACUCGAAGAAAGACCUUCGCAGAUGAAUACACAACUUACUGAUUAAGUACUUGUGAUCGAAGAAAAUUCUCACCCUUACCUUUUCGCUCAUGAACUCCGGCUGGCAAUUUAAAGGAGUGGGUCACGGUUUGCGCGUCUUACAAAGUUUAGCCCAAACUUUUCAAGUUCGUCGUUUGUAAUCCGUGUUAACCUUCUCUGUCUUUAACCAUCCUUGUUCCUUUAUCAGGGGCGUAGCCAGGAUUUUUCAAGGGGGGGGGGUCCAUACUGUGUCAAAGUACUCAUACAAAAGGGGGGGUCACGGGCACCCCAGGACCCCACUAGCUACUCCCCUGUUUACGGUUUAAGAUUAUCUCUUUGGUGUUUUUCUAUCUUGUGAACGACAAUUUUUCAGCCUGGUUUGCUUCAAAUUAAAGGAAAUUUUGUAACUGGCCAAAAUAACUCAAAAUAUGUACCGCGACUGAGCUCCUUUAAUUGUUAAAAAUUCUUGAAAUUCAUACCAAAAAAAAAUAUAUAUUUUCUUUCAAUCUAUUGUAUGUCCCACAUGUUAACAAAUUCACUACAAUGUCUUCUUUUUUUUUUUGUUGAAACAACAGAAACGUAGAAGUAUAGGAACUUUAUACACUGCUAUAUUAAUUUCUAGUCUAAAAUUAACCCAUUAACCUCAGGCCUGUUCCUGAGUAAAACUCUUAAAGACACCUUAACGAGCUAACUAUAAACUUCUUUUUGAUUGGUUUAAAAAAGCUCCCGCAAAAUUAUAUCUAUUACAGAGUACCACGUGAGGUACCACGUGAGGGAUACCAGCUUUUCAACCAAUCACAGUUUCCUAUUUCUGUUUCUGUUUUCAUGCUCAGUGCGCUCUUUUUUCAAGACUGCCAUAAAACCAAAACCACAAUAAUCACAUCGCAGGUACCAUGACAGAUCAAUCAAAACUCAAGAAUAGCUAGGAAAAUAUUAGGACGAUGGCAAGAGCUGGGCUGAGCGUGUGGACUAAGUGGUAGAACUGUGUACCAUGGCGGAGGUCAUGGGUUUGAGUCCCAACCAAGCCUGAAUUGUUGUUGUUGUUGUUUUUUUCUCGCUUCGUUUUUUUUUUUUCACAACUGAAGUUGUGUACAUAAAGGCGAUGAUCAUUCAUACCUUUAAUUUGCAUGACUUUGUUGAACGAAUUUUUACUUAUUAACAAAGAUCAAACGAUAAGAACAAAUUAAACUAAGCACAAGAAACAGAGUUAUUUUACGAUAACCGGUUGCGUUGAAAACUGUUCUCAAGAUUUUUUUGCUUAAAAUUACUACGAAAUUACCUAUUUUUGUCUGUUACGAUAAGCAUUAAUUAUGAUAACUAACGAUGGCUGUUUCUUUAAAGUGUAGCUUUUUAUUAAAAAAAUUUUUUACCACGAAAAUAUUAAAAACAAAAACCUCUUUUUGAAAUAAAAGUUAAAUCAAUCUGUCAGGUUUAGUUGCUGAACAUUUUAAUUUAAUUGCUAUUUUUGGAUUUACACCUUACAUCAUAGCACUGGUUGAGGAGUGGAUAAACACGAUUUGGAAUGUACAUAAAAUAUUUUGAUUUGACUUCUUAAUUCUUGUGUUAUAAAAACGAUUAACUAGAGUAAAGACUGGUUUCUAAAUCAAUAGCCGCUCGAUUUUUUGAUUAUCUUAAUCACAUAAUUAAUGUCAUUCUUUUAAAAAGCGAGACAACAAGGUCUUUUGAUGCAGCAAAUUAUAUGCAGUAUAAUUGUAUGCAUAAUUACAAUUAUAUGCAGUCAAAUUAUACGUAUUAUAAUUUGGAUUUGAAAUAGAGAUUUCUUUGAUCCUUAAAUUCUAUUUUCCCAUAGCGAUCAGGCUGCCAAAGUAGUUUAUGGCUCUAGAGCUCUAGAAUUAAUAAAAGCAAAAACAAAACAAACCAAAAUAUUGGAUUUGGAAUACAAAUAUCUUUGAAGUUUCUAUAAUCACCACCGACCAGGCUGCCAUAGUAGUUUAUGCAUAUGGCUCUAAAGCUCUAGAAUUAAAAAAAAAAAAAAAAAAAA